ACUUACCAUCACCAUCUAUCUCUCCCGUUGUCGUUGUUUCUGAACGAAAACGAGGAUUUCUUUCUGGCUUCUGGGCGAAUACUACUGGGAUGACGUCGACACUACCACCUCUGGUUCAGGCUGUCUCAGGCGCCGUUGGGAGCGCAUCGGCGUCGGCGUUGACUUAUCCUCUUGAUUUGAUUACGACGAGGCUGCAGUUGGACUCACCUGUGAAGGCUAGGAGGAGAGGCGGCAUUGUUGGCGGACUGAAACUUCUCCUGUACAUCGUCUAUGGGAGCAAGAAGACAGGGAAGAAAGGGCUGGGUUGGAAAGCGCUAUAUGAUGGCCUAGGGUCGGAUUUGUUCGCAACUGUUCUCUCAAACUUCUUCUAUUUUUAUUUCUACUCCUUUACACGCUCCAUAGCAAUGCACGGAACACAAGCAUUACCGCUUCUCCGCAACGGACCACCUCGACCGCACAAAACACACAAGCCUUCCCUUCUCGAAGAUAUCCUACUCGGGUUUGUUUCCGGCGUCGCCUCUCGCGCCGUCUCCACACCACUUAACAUUAUCACGCUUCGACUCCAAGCGGAGCGGGCAGAUGCGGAGGAUGAGGAUGUUGUUAUUUUGAGCUCUGGAGAGGGUUCUGGCUCUGAGGAUGGAUCUUCUUCGAGCACUCCGGCCAGCCCGUCUCGGUCUAGCAGCCCGCUCCAGAAAGAUAAUUUGGGCUUCUUUGAUAUCGCGAGGUUGAUUCACGAAGAGCAUGGGUGGAAGGGAUUCUGGAAAGGCUUCGGUACCUCUGCGCUGUUAUCGAUAAACCCCUCAAUCACACUCGCCUUCUUCCAACUCUUCCGAAAGUUCGUAGUGUAUUCUCGAACACGGAGCGCGUUGGCCGCAGGGAAGAAAGUGAAUCCUAAUCUCAAGCCAUGGGAGGCUUUCUUCGUGGGUGCUAUCGCAACUUCUAUCGCGAACACGAUUCUAUACCCUUUGAUCCUCGCUAAGAAGCGAUUACAAGCCCGGUCGGGAGCGAAACCGGGCGAGAAUCUGCUUUCGGUGUUGGUAGAUGCGUACACGGGCAUGUAUGAUCCACAUUCCGAAGAGGAAUUGAGCUCCGAGGCUCCAUCGUCGGAGGCGACGACGAAUGGACACGUAGACGCGGACCCCACGAAACGACCACCGCUCACGCGCCGGAGCAAGGGAAGCAGGUAUUAUGUUCAGCGAGAGGCGGGCAAACCGUUGCAAGGUCCGGAGGGAUUGUACCAAGGACUGCAGAUGCAGCUUUUGAAGGGAUUCUUCAACCAGGGCAUGACGUUUUUGGUGAAGGGACGCAUCGAACAGCUUGUUGUUGCAGCGUACCUGAGACAACGAGCGUUGAAGGCGAAUUGA